AUGCAACAAAACGCAGCUGAACUCUGCACCAUCCUCGUCAGAGAUACAUACGGCGAACUAUCUUCGAGGGUUGUCGCAGCCUUGCUCGAAUAUGGACGUUCGACAUUAUACACCAUAGUCCGACGGGUCAAAAUCCCAGAAAGAGUCGUAAAGCAAACACUGGUGGUCCUAAUACAACAACAUCUCGUCUUACACUAUACUAACGAAGACGGUGGCCGCGAUGCAACUCACUACGAAUGUAAUUGGCUGCAAAUCUAUGAGCUUUUGCACUCUGGUCGGAUGGUUCGAACUAUUGAGGAACGCUUUGGAUCGGAGGCAGCCUCAGUUAUCAGCAAUUUCCUAUUACUCGGCCAUGCUAGAGUUUCAGAUUUCAUUACAGCAUACGGUAUAUCCACAAAACCAAAACCAAACGCCGUUUUACCCAACGGAACCGCCAUUAGUGCCUCAGAAGCCACGGGGACAGCGCCAAUCACCAGUGCGGCCCAAAUUUCGAAACACAUUAUAACCUUGAUGCAGGCGAAAUUUCUCGUCCCCGUUCAAGUUCACCAUAUGCACCCAUCAGUAGAUACAGAGAACGCAAUUAGGCAAAGGGUGACGGCUGAGCAAGCUGGAUCCGCAGCUGCCUUGCAAGCCAAGACAAAGAAGGCUAUUGAUGAGAAGGUUGCAGAGAAAAUGGAGGCUUUAUCAAGUGAUCUCGACAAUAAGAACUUUGGCUUGAAACGGAAAUCAGACCAACAAGAUGGCAGAGCGCGUAAACGGACAAAAUUUUCGGCCGCCCAACCUAUAGAAGAAGAAGAAUGGGAAAUCGAUGGUUCCAUCGUCCUUCGAGUCAACAACGCCAAAUUUCUCGCGAUCUUCAGGAACGAGGAACUUGUUCGGUGGGCGGAGUCUCGAAUAGGAAAAACAACAUCUCUUGUGUAUGCGGAACUCCUAAAACAUCUUGAAAAGAAUGUUGUCGGACAUCGAACAGAAAAGGGAUUGGUGGAUGGCGGAAAGAAAACGGUUGUUUCGACUCUCGAUAUCGGCAAUACUUUGAAAAAGGAUAUUGACUUAGUAAAUUCCAUCGCCGCUGGCCCAGCUAUGACGAAUGGACACAAACGCUCAAUGACAAAUGGGCACUUGUUCACUGCAAAUGACGAGGAAUCGGAAGGCGACAGUGACGACUACGAUUUAGACGCAGAUAUAGACGGUGACGAUAUGGGGAUGAAUGGAACUCAUGAACUUUCUUCGGCGGCCCAAGAGAAAAAGGAACAGUUACAAAACAUUAGAAAACAUUUGAUGUUGUUGGCUGAUGAUCCCAACCAAUUCGUCACGAAACAAGAAGGAAGCAUGCAAUACGGUGGGUGGACGGUUGAUACACAAAAGUUAUGCGAGGCACUACGGAUCCGGGAACUUGAACAAAUUGUCGAGGAACGAUUCGGCGGUAUAGCAACCCGCUUGGUUCGAAUUAUCAAAGACAAAGGCAAGAUGGACGAAAAGGGCCUUGCAGAUACCGCAUUAUUACGGCAGAAAGAUAUCAGAGCGCAUCUCGGCGUAUUACACGAGCGGGGUUUUCUUCAUAUCCAGGAAGUCCCAAAGACGGCGGAAAGACUACCCGCGCGGACGUUCUAUUUCUUUUAUUUUGAUGAGAAGAUGUCCAAAAUGGCCAUGUUGAACGACUUUUACAAGGCUAUGAGUAGAAUUUUGCAGAGAAUAGAUCAUGAGAGAAGUCUCAAUUCGAUGCUGCUGUCUAAAGCUGACAGAACAGACGUCAAAGGCCACGAGGAAGAAUUAUUGACGAAGAAGGAACUGACUGAUCUAGCUAAAUGGAAACGGUCGGAGGAGAAGCUGUUGGCUCAAUUGAUGAGAGUUGAUAGGCAGGUCAUGAUGUUUAGGGAUUGGUGA